UGUACCGCUAUGUGUUCAUAUUUGCAUGCUUGCUAAAAACAAUAAAGUAUGCAGAACAAUCCUUUUAGGCAGAAACCUGGAUUUCGUGGUAAUCACAAGGAGCACCCAUCUGGAGGGAACUGGAAAAAAGGCAGCUCGAAUCGUGCACGUGAUAAAAAGGGAGAAGAAUGGGGUGUAAAGAAAUUUACUCCCGUCAUCCGCACUCAAGCGGCAACACCUUGGUCGGCCUUCAAAAACGAAAUAAUGCAGAAACAGCAGGAGGAAAGGAAUGCGGCGAAGACUCUCAACAUGGAAAGUGAAGAAGCUAAGCAAUUUUUAAAGAAGAGGGAGGAGAAUUUUCGACGAAUACAAAUAGCUGAAUCCAAGAACGAAGAUGUAAAGUGGGAGGACUUCAGUGAUGAUUUAGAUUUUAAUGCACAAAACACCGGAAAACAUGAUAAUCCAGCACCAAGCACCAAGAAAAAGUGUCAAACAAAAACAAAGAAAACGAGUAAAGCCGAUAAACCGGCGAAAUUCAUUCCUCUAGUAGAUAAAAGUUUGCUUAAAAAUUUCGACAGCAAAAAGCUUUCUUUUCGACAGAAUAACAGCAUCCGCAAAGCAAUUACAAAAACUACUUUCUUAGCUCGAGGAGCUACGCUUGAAUCAGUAGUCGAAGACCUGAAAAGAAGAGGAAUUACACGGAAAAAGCCAGCAAGAAAGUAGUGAACACCACUAUUUUAUAUUUAAACUAUGUAGCAAACAAUACAUUGAAUUUUUAUUUUUAUUUAA